GUAAUUCUUAAAAUGAAUACUUGUAAUGCCACGCCAGCUUACGUUAAUGCUCAAAAAGCCUAACUAAACGGAGAGAACUUCUACAUAUAAUAAUUCUAAGUCAGCUGUUUGGGUUAAUUUUCCUAUUACAUUGAAUCCAAUAACGAAGCUGCCGUAAUCGACCCCAUGAGAGACUAUGAAGAAUACAUGUAUUCCAGUUCAUCUUAUAUUCCUAGCAAAUUUUCUGAAUCAAGAAAUUCUCUGAUCAAAUAUGUGAUAUUAACACACAUACAUGCUGAUUUUGUGGCAGGACACGUAGAUUUAGCUAAAAUCACAGGAGCUCAAAUCGUAUUAGGUCCUUAAGCUGUUACUUCCUAUUAAGCAUUAAUUGCAUAAGAUGAAUGUAUAUAAUUAUAAUAGCCAUCAUUAGAAUUAUUGCCUCUGGGAAACUCACAUCUUAGAGUCUUACAUACACCUGGCCAUACUUUAGAGUCCAGUUGCUUUGUGUUAGUAGUAGAUGGGAAAGACCGUGCCAUUUUCAGUGGAGAUUCACUCUUCCUUGAAGAAGUCGGCAGACCUGAUCUCGCUUCUAAAUCUUCUGGUUUGACCACUCAACAAUUAGCUUCACUUCUUUAUCAUUCCUUGAGAAACAAAAUCAUGAAACUUAAUGAUGAUGUCAUUCUCUAUCCUGGACAUGGAGCAGGUUCUGCUUGUGGUAAAGCUAUUGGAGCAGGUACUGUCAGUACAAUUGGUGAAUAGAAACUCAAAAAUUGGGCUUUGUAGGAAAUUACUGAAGAAGAUUUUGUUAAGACAUCAACAGAUAUACCAAAUCCUCCUUAAUAUUUCUUUCAUGAUGUGCAAAUUGUAAUUAUUUGAUAUAUUUAUAUCCUAGAAUCGUCAAGGUGCUAGUGACCUCCAAACCAUUAAAUAGAAAGUUACAAAAGCCUUGAAUUAUUAAGAAUUUACUCAAAUUGCUGCUGAUGGUGCUUUAAUCUUAGACUCCAGAGAUAUCGUUAGUAAAGGAAUCAUCAAAGGCUCCAUCAAUAUUACCUAAGUAGCUACUCUUGCUUCUUUUGUUGGCAUACUCUUCAAGCCAGAUCAAAAAAUUGUCAUAGUUGCAGAUGAAGGCAAAGAAGAACAAACCAUCAUUAGAUUGCUUAGAAUUGGAUAUGAAAAUAUUCUUGGAUACCUGGAAGGAGGAUUCGACAAUUAUGUGAGAAAUGGAGGAGAAGUCCAAUAAUUAAAUAUUGUUGAUUUGAAAGAUUUCUUGGAUACUCAUGAUUAACCUUAAAAUCAUGUUUUCAUCGAUUGCAGAAAUCCUGUUGAAUUCAGAACUACAGGAAUCGUUCCAGGAUCUUUGAUGAUCCCUCUAUUCUAAAUAGAGAAUUAAGUAAAAGAUCAAUCUUAUUCCUUCUAGCUUGAUUUGAUUCCAAAAGACAAGACAUUACACAUCUAUUGCCGUUCAGGAGCUAGAGCUAAAACUGCUGCUACCAUAUUAUUAAAACAUGGUUAUUCAGACUUUGUUCUAAUUUAGAAUGCUGGACUUGAACACAUUGUCAAGGAACAUAAAAUUCAAGCCCAAAAAGUGGAAUGAUUUCCCUAUUAUACAUAAC